AUGGAAGAAGAUGUUGAGGAAGAGCAUGAUGGGACCGUUAGGCAACUUCUUCUGAAAAUCGGCGAUGAAUUGAAUAGGUGUUGGACCAUCCAACUGGAGUUGUUCAAAUGUUUAGAUGAAAAACUGACGAAACUCCCAGACAGAAUUGUGUCUUCCCUUCAAGAUAUUCUUAUAGAUAUGCACCAUGGUACAGGAAUUAAAAAAGAGGAUACAUAUAUUAUUUCAGACGCUUUGCGAAAGCCUGCGAAGACUCAAAAAAAGGCCUACGUCACAAAGUACGGGCGCAGAACUUCUGUUUCAUGCGGUUAUAGUUAA